AUGACCAACCCUCCCCGCCCAGGUCUGCAGCCUGUGUCUCUAAUGAAGGCUGGCCCGACCACGUCUGGCUCCCAGCCAAAUGCCCUUCCGUCUGCAGCUCAACCACCUUUUCCUAGACCCUCCUCACGACUUAGAGUGCAUAAGACAUCUUCUCGAGAAGAUCCGACUGAUUACGCCAGUGAAAAAGCUACGUCGGCCUUAAUUAGACGGGUCUUAUGUCCCCAAGCAAGCAGUUACGGCAUCUCUACGCCACAGCCUCCGGAAGAGCUUCUGCCGCCUCUCACAAGCUCUAAUGACGUUGACCGUCAGCUGUACGCGCUGAUUGCCAUCAUAGUCAAAGAAUUUCUGAUUUCCUGGUACGCCAAGAUUACUCCGGAUCAGGCUUUGGUCAACGAAGUCCUGCAAGUUAUUGCACAUUGUACCCGCGCUCUCGAACAGAGGAUCCGACAAGUCAAUGUCGCACAGCUUGUGUUGGAUGAGAUCCCAGCGCUCGUGGAAGCACAUGUCACCUCUUACAGAUUGGCGAAGCAACAGUCGCAUCUUUCGGGUCUGCCAACAUCACAUCGGGCCCUCUAUCAUGAACUGAACCCUCAUCCGGGGGCUGUCCCGGUCCCGGACGACGAUGAUCCUGAUACGAUAACCAGGCAGGAUGAAAAUGAAGCCGUAUAUCGACGCCUGCUGGCGAACGGAAUGCUUGCUAUACUUUUGCCUACAGAAGACCUGGAGAACAGCAGUUUGAGAACAUUGGUCGGCGAUAUCAUAGCGGACCUGAUACUUGGCAAAGAAGUGGGUGAUAGGAUCUGCAAAGGCGUGUUCUUCUAUGAGUUGAUCAUCAAAUUCACCAUGAUCGUGAGAAAUCGUAAAGACCCCAAGGACUCUGGCGCUGCGGAGGACGCGACACCCAACCGCCUAGAAAAGUUUGGGCUUCUAUCAUCAGAAGAACCUUCCAGAGCACAGGUACCAACGGGCGAAUCGCAAUUCAUGGCUUGGAUCUGGCUUAUCCUCCAUGCACUCUAUCUUUUUUACGUUUCCCUGCGUUUCAUCGUCACUGGACUUUCUCGAGUCGCAUCGAAUCCAGGACUAGGGUCCUCGCACGGUGCUGCGGUUCCAUCUCCUACUGCAACAUCAGGCCUGCCGAAGAGCGACCCUGGAUCAUCAGAAAAUGUCGCCGGUAGACGCCCCGUCCUGGAUUACGGGGCGAUAUCGAUGGCCUCGACAGUGUUUGAAAUACCCAAGCGAAUGCCGUGGACCUCUGGCCUUCUUGCCCUAGGCCAACAUCUGAUCCUGACAGGGCCGGGUAGGCUUGGUAACACAGACGGGAUCCUUGACAGAUUUCUCCGGGAAACCAUAGAGGAGUAUGUCCUGCCCCCCACUUUGUUGCCCAACAUACUUCUCGCGACGAGGUUGGCUCUUUUCCCGGCCAAUGCCCGCCCAGCAGCCCUAGCAGCGAGUCCAGCAACCCCGGCUUUCGCUCCGCAGCCGUCCGUGCAGCUUCCGAAUACCGACGGAAAAAGUCUCACUGCAACUAGUCCCGUUGUGGCUACAUCCCCAGCACCCGCUCCCCAAGUAGUAAUCAGUGCGUCUCCCGCCGGCGACCGUGGCGACACGACAGGGAGGCCUAAUCUUAGGAAUGGCGACAUGUCCAACACCAGCGGCCGCGAUCAGCCCGUCAUUUCGCCGGGGCGUGCAUCCCGUCCAGGGACGGCAGAUCCGGUUAACCCAUCACCCACCCUCCCAACGGCACCCGCGACUAACCAACAAGCCCCUUCUUCCACGGGGGCGAUCGCCGCUAUUCAGCGGCAAUGUGCAGCUAGCCUCCUGGCCGUGAUUCCGCGCAGUGUAGCACGAACUUUGCUCGGACUCCCGGCUCCCUCCAGUAGUGAUCAGCGCAGUGGAGACACUCUCUUGCCCCGAUCGUCGUCUCAGCAAAGCAUCGGCAUGUCACUCCGUGAGAGCCCGCUCGGGGACCAACGCACAGACAGAAUUGCGAGUCCCGAGGUCGACCCGGAGGAAGAACUCCUCCUGCGCGCUAUCGAGACGGACCUGCUCGAUCUGCUAGCAGACGAGUACUGCAACAAGCACCUUGUAUACGCGGUGCUGGAGACGGUAUUGAUGAAAGUCUUGCCCGAACUCGCAGAGCGUAGUGUUGCGGAUCUAAUGGAUGAUCGCGGGGUUCCUCCCGUGCCGGGCUAUUAA